AAAGUUUGAGCUCGCACUUUUGUAUAGCAACAAAGCCGUUAAAAAAGACCUCAAGCUCCAUACCCAAAAGCCAUAAUGAUGUUGGAUACAUCUCCCCCUGUGCUCUAUAGCUCGGCACCAGAGGCCUUCGCUGCUUCGAGUGCCGAAAACAAACCCGUGUUAAUUCACACCACAAAAUCCAAAACUGGCUCUCCUCACCCCAUGUUUACCGCUAACAUGACCCUCAUUAAACAACACUUUAUUGCCCUACAAGUGAUGAAUCAUACGCACGAUAUGGAUUUUCUACAACACAUCGUUGGUGAGGUGAUUGUUCCCCAUGUCUACAUCGUCAAGAACAACCGGGUGUUACUAACGAUGCCUCACACCAGCACUUCUGAGUUUGAGUACAAGUUGACAUCCUUUAUCCAACAGAACCACCCUGUUUCAGAGCUUGCUGGAAAAGCUAACAGUGCUGCAGGUAAUGACAAGUGCCUUUUGUCGGUGCGUUUGUUCGAUGGAACGUCGCUAAAGCACGAGUUUACUGGUAGCUCCACUUUGGCCGACGUGAGGAACUGGCUUAAUACUGAAUCUGAGGUAGAAAUCAUCCACUCUGAGCCCAUGCCGUCGUUUGCUCAUCCGGAUGCUCAGACACCUACUGCGUAUUCAUUCCAGAAUCCUUCGAUUCCUAGAAUCACAUACACCAAGGAAGACGAGUCGAGAGCCCUCGCUGAGCUUGAUCUCUGCCCUCGGUCUGUGUUGAUGUUGAAGCCCGUUUUUAAUGAGGCUGCAGUCACUAGCUUGUAUGAACAAAACAGUCGGUUAUGGCUGGCGUGCAAAGCGACUGCUGCCAAAUUUAGUACCGUGCUUCACUCCUUCUUCAACUAUGCAGUGGAUGUGGAACUGGACGACGACCAUGGUGGUUCCUAUAAAUUGGACGAUGCGCACUACAAUCCCUCUUCUCUGGUGUUGGCACUAGACACCACGGCCAAGUCGUUGAUCCACUUUGAAGCUCAUGAAGCUGACGACAAAAAGCAAACGCUUCCAGAACAACCACAUAAUUUGAAUGAGCCCAAGGACAGGAUAAAUUCCACGAAUGGAGACGAUCACAGUGCGUUGAAACACUCGCUGUCGAAGCAAGCGGUUUCGUCGGUGACCAAGAUUGAAAUCAUUCGGGGUGAUAAGCUGCUGUCUUCGGAGAAAAAGGUUUCGCUGGAAGACCAAUAAUGAGUUAUAUAGGUAAUAGGAUCAUGAAUAGGAAUACGUAUAUGGUGUAAGGUC